AAACCGCUUCUCUCUCUAACCCUACCCUUCUUCACCCUCUUCUUCCUUAUAAAUACUCUCUCUUUAAUUUCUUCUCUCUAUCUCCGUACACCAAACCCCUUCAGCCCACCAGACCAUGAGGAUGAGCUGCAAUGGCUGCAGAGUCUUGCGCAAAGGUUGCAGUGAUGACUGUACUAUCAGACCUUGUCUUCAAUGGAUCAAAUCCCCUGAUGCUCAAGCAAAUGCCACCCUCUUCCUCGCCAAAUUCUAUGGCCGUGCCGGUCUCAUCAACCUCGUCGAAGCCGGCCCGCAACACCUCCGUCCUGCUGUUUUUAGGUCAUUGUUAUAUGAGGCUUGUGGGAGAAUAGUGAACCCAGUGUACGGUUCGGUAGGGUUACUCUGGUCUGGAAAUUGGGCUCAUUGCCAAUCAGCUGUUGAUUCUGUGCUACGAGGAACACCGAUCAUUCAAAUGCCGUCACCGAGUUCCGAUGCACCACUACCACCGCAAAUGAUCGAUCCUCUCAAAACCUAUGACAUUCGCCACGUGUCCAAGGAAGCUGAUCAGCUCAACAAAGUUAAGAACCGAACCCGGUUCAAAAGGCCAGUUAAUAGACCACCGUCCGGUUACCCUACUGAUCAUCACUCAAUUAUGGGGUUUGAACCGCAGUGGGCAAGCCUGCAGAUGGUGAAUGGAGAUCAUAGCAGCAAAGAUGAUGAGAGCAUGCUUUGUGUUGAAACGGUCGAAGACGCGAACCAGAACGAACCGAACCACGAGCUCGGGUUGGACCUGACUCUAGGUUUGCUUCCAGUGCAGUAACUGCAGAAUUGGGUUUAGGUGCAAGGGGCAGAUGGGAAUUAAUUAACUGCUAAUACAUCUUCCUUUUUACCAAAUAUAGUUCUUUUUUUAGGUAUAAAAAGAAAAGAAAAUGAAGAAAAACUUUUCUUUUUCUAGUUCUCAAGUUGUA